CUGCGCUGCCGGUGGAAUCCCCAGCUUUCCGGGGCAGCGAGUGGCGGGGCCGGGUGCCGAGCGAGCGGGGCGUGGAGAGCGUCGCGCGGCCCCUCGCGCCGGGCUCCGUUUGCAGGCCACAGCCCCCGCGAGGUGGCCCGCCGGUCCUCGGCCGCCGGUCCUCUGGCAGCUGUGGUGAGCGCAGCGUCGGGCCGGCAUGAAGGUCACGUCGCUCGACGGGCGCCGGCUGCGCAAGAUGCUCCGCAAGGAGGCGGAGGCGCGCUGCGUGGUGCUCGACUGCCGGCCCUACCUGGCCUUCGCCGCGUCGAGCGUGCGCGGCUCGCUCAACGUCAACCUCAACUCGGUGGUGCUGCGGCGGGCCCGGGGCGGCGCGGUGUCGGCGCGCUACGUGCUGCCGGACGAGGCGGCCCGCGCUCGGCUGCUGCAGGAGGGCGGCGGCGGCGUGGCGGCGGUGGUCGUGCUGGACCAAGGCAGCCGCCACUGGCAGAAGCUGCGGGAGGAGAGUGCCGCGCGCGUCGUGCUCACCUCGCUGCUGGCCUGCCUGCCCGCCGGCCCGCGGGUCUACUUCCUUAAAGGCGGGUACGAGACCUUCUACUCACAGUAUCCUGAGUGCUGUGUGGAUGCGAAGCCCCUUUCACAAGAGAAGCUCGAAGGUGAGAGAGGCCUCCUCAGCCAGUGCGGAAAGCCCAUUCUCAGCGUCGCCUACAGACCAGCUUAUGACCAGGGUGGCCCAGUUGAAAUCCUUCCCUUCCUCUACCUUGGAAGUGCCUACCAUGCGUCCAAGUGCGAGUUCCUCGCCAACCUGCACAUCACAGCCCUGCUGAAUGUUUCCCGCCGGACCUCUGAGGCCUGCACCACCCACCUACACUACAAGUGGAUCCCUGUGGAGGACAGCCACACCGCCGACAUUAGCUCCCACUUUCAAGAAGCAAUAGAUUUUAUUGACUGUGUCAGGGAAGAGGGAGGCAAGGUCCUGGUCCACUGUGAAGCCGGGGUCUCCCGGUCGCCCACCAUCUGCAUGGCUUACCUCAUGAAGACCAAGCAGUUCCGCCUGAAGGAGGCCUUCGAGUAUAUCAAGCAGAGGAGGAGCGUGGUCUCUCCCAACUUUGGCUUCAUGGGACAGCUCCUGCAGUAUGAGUCUGAGAUCCUGCCCACACCCACCCCCCAACCUCCCUCCUGCCAAGGGGAGGCAGCCAGCUCCACCUUUAUAGGCCACUUACAGACACUGAGCCCUGAUAUGCAGGGUGCCUACUGCACAUUCCCUACCUCAGUGCUGGCACCGGUGCCCACCCAUGCCACCGUCGCAGAGCUCCACAGGAGCCCCGUGGCCACAGCCACAUCCUGCUGAGACCAGUUGGCUACCAGCGCAUCCCCAAGAGCAACUGU